AUGGAGGGUUUAUGUGCCACCCAAGAACAAUUGCACACAUUUCACUCCAUCGACCGUGAAGUCUUCUCGCGAAUGGUGAUCAACCUCAUGCGCGACCCGGCCGAGUGCCUCAUCAUCGUCGCCGCCUGGCUCUGGCUUGAGCAAAUGGGCUACCCCAACAUCAUUGUCUUCAUGCCCUCACUCUCUGACGCCGUCGUCGACCUCCUCGCCGACGAGAUGGCCCUCGCCCUCUCCUCCCUCACCACCACCACCACUGCCCUCCCCUCCUUCAUGCCGGGCACCUCCGCCCUCAUGUCCCGCACCAUCUCCGCCGACCUCUUCCAUCGCAACCGCUUCACCGCCGUUGCGGGGAUCAAGAGCUUCCUUACCACCGUCUGUAGUCGGGCCUUCUCUGACAUCCUCCAGUCCAUCUGCCCGCUCGCCCGUAACGGGAGCGGGCAACUGGUCAUCCCGGGGUUCCCCCACCCUGUGUUUGGGAACCUGACUGUUUCAUCCCCUGCCAGCAGGGGACGAAACGGCAGCGUUUUGGUCCCACCUCCAACGGAUGUGUGGGGGUGGGACCCUAACAGCAGCGGGGCCAGCGAGGACGACAAGACUUUGUUCUUGACGUUCUCGAGGGGUUUUCCGGUGACGAAAGAGGAGGUGACGGAGCUGUUCACGAGGAAGUAUGGGGAAGGGAGCGUGGUGAGUGUUUUGAUGCAGGAGAAUGUGGCGGCGGGGGGCGGCGGGGACCAGCAGCAACCGCUGUUUGCGAGGAUGGUGAUGAGGUCGGUGGUGGUUGUGGACGAGGUGCUGAACGGGGAGAGGAUCGCCAAGUUUCGGAUCAACGGGAAGCAUAUUUGGGCUAGGAAGUAUGAGCGGCGGGAGCAGGCGGCGACGCCUACACCGCCGCCGGUGUAA